UCCGCUUCAACGACCCGGAAGUGGAGGAAGAAAUUCGGAACAGUUGGAAACAUUGACAGGUGCCACGGCGACCCGGGCGAGGUGUCGUUUGUAGGGCUGUUGUACACGUCGUAUUGUCAUGGAGAAGAAAGAUGAGGAAAAGAACUCUGACAAUAUUAAUAAAGUACCCAUACCCAUGAUUCCUGAGGAUACAGGCAUUACACAGUUUAUGAAGAAAGUAUUUUCUGAUUAUGAAAAAAUUAGAGGAAAGGACAAAAAUACAGACAACUGUGUGUUUUGGGAUGUUGUUGUAAUUACAACUGCAGACUAUGCACAGAAGCAUGUGUUUGAACUUCAGAUUGAAAGUAAAAGAAACAGAAAAGAGCUUCCCUUGAAUCUCCCAAUUUAUGUUGUAGCUGACCCCACCGGACCAAAAAUAGGUAAUGGUGGAUCCACCUUGGUGGUUUUGGCCUUUUUAAAUCUUCGUUUAGGUCAGGAGAUGUUUGGGAAGAAGAUCUUAUUGAUUCAUGCAGGAGGACAGAGCAAAAGGAUGCCUAGUGCUAGCUGCCUGGGCAAAAUAUUCUCUCCUAUUCCUCAUGGAGACCCUAUCUACCAAAUGUUAGACCUUAAAUUAGCUAUGUACAUGCCAUUCCUUCCCAAUAUGCCACCCGGCGUGUUUGUGGCUUGUGCUGAUGACAUCCUAGUGUAUGACCUUGGUUCCUCUGAAGAUUCUAAGUACUGGUCGUUCUGUUACAAUGGAUUUACUGCUCUAGCUCACCCGUCCCCAGUACAGAUAGGAACCAAACAUGGAGUCUACGUAGUGGAGAAUGAGAAAAACCUGGAUCCUAAGAAACAUGUCCGGGGAAUGAGGUGCUUGAGGGUCCUACAAAAGCCCAGAAUUACCCAGAUGUAUGAGCAGGGUGCAGUGCUCAGUAACCUGACCUUCCCAGAGGAGGUAGCCGUGAAGGGAGAUAUGUCAUACACUGACAGUGCUUUCUUUUUUGGAAUGGAUGUAGCUAGGAAACUUUUACAUUUCUAUAAAGAAAACUGUCCUCUGACGUGUGAAAUUGAUGCGUAUGGUGAUUUUUUGCAAGCAUUAGGUCCUCAGGCUACUAGUGACUAUGUUCACAACACAAAAAAUGUUACACAUUUGACUCCAAAUCUUGUCCCCACUAGGUUACAGAUAUUUGAGCUCUUGAAAGGGACAGAUAUUAGCUUACUCUUGAUGAAUGCUUCUAGAUUUAUCCACAUUGGCACAACAAAGGAGUAUAUUCAUCAUUUCUGUUUCGACACCAAACUUCAAAGUGAGCUUGGAUUAGUGAAGGACUGCUUUAACACUUUUACAGAAAUAGAACCUAGUGCCAAAAAGCAGAAGUUUUCAGACACUGGAUUUGGUUGUAUCAUGCAUUCCUGUUUACCCUCCAACUGCUUUGUCUCUCCUAACACAGUGGUGGAGUACUGUCACUUUGAGUAUCCACUGCAAGUAGGUCAGAACUCCAUUAUCAGUAACUGUGCAGUAUUUGAGGAGGAACUGACAGAAACUCCUCCCCCACACAGUCAAAUACCUCACAACUUAUUCCUCCAUACAGUAGCCGUCAAACACCAGGAGAAGACCAAAUACACCACCAUUGUGUUCCACAUCGAUGACGAUCUGAAGAAGCAGGUGCCAGUGUCAGAAGUCUCUGGGGCCCCGUAUUUAGGAUAUGAUAUCCAACGCUUUAUUGAGAACUGUAAACUGACCCAGUUUGAGUUAGACGAGCACACAGGGGGUGUGGAAGGCGCGGGAGAGGGGCGUGCCCUCACCAGCCUAUGGCAGAUGUCCCUAUUUCCUCUGGAGAGUACCAUGACUUCGUCUCUCAUGCUAGCAUUAACUAUAGUGAAAGCCUCGCAGGGUAAUAAUCCUAACUUGAUAGAUCUAAGUAGCUAUGAUGUUGUCUCAAUGGAGGAAAUUUUAGAGAAGAAGGAUGUCAAAGCUAUGCUGAAAUUUAGAGAGGAUUUAUUUUCUAAAAUCUCAAAGGCCUAAAUGAAUUAAUGUAUUUGUUUAUAUUUAUUAUGAGAUGUCUGACUUUUAACUAUACUUGUAGAUUGACUUCUAAUGCUGUGUUUUUGAUCUGAUCCCCUCUAUGGUGCUAAAGAAUCUACUUAAUAUACCAGACAGUAUUUAUUUAUCAUAUUUUUAGAAUAGAUUAUAAAUUGGUUACAUUAUUUUGGAAAUAAAAACAAAAUUUUACAAAGAAA